CCGUCCGCCCUGUUCUUUGCUUUUUAGCUUUGGCAGCUUACUCAGAGGAGGUGAAAAGCCUCUUGGGUGUUACUCUCUCCGCGCUAAAGAUACAACAGCUUUGAGAAAGCUUAUACUUGUCUAACCUAUGUUUCAAGUUGCUGCCAGAUCUCAGUGAUUUGAUUCAGAAGAAUUUUGUUCUACAAUCAUGACUGAAGAAAAGAAUCUGGGGGUGUCUCAGACUGCCUUGUCACCUUCAAGAAGUACUAGCAGCUGUUCUUCCAAACAAGGAAGUCGACAGGACAGCUGGGAAAUCAUAGAAGGACUUCGCGGAGUCAUGAGUUGCACUCAGGAACCCCAGAAGCAGGAAGGUUACUUGCUGAAAAAAAGGAAAUGGCCUUUGAAAGGUUGGCAUAAGAGAUGGUUCUUUCUGGACAAAGGGAUUUUGAAAUACGCUAAGAACCCAGCAGAUAUAGAGAAAGGAAAGUUGCAUGGAUGUAUAGAUGUUGGCCUUUCGGUGAUGUCUGUGAAGAAAUCGACUAAAUGUAUAGAUUUGGAUACUGAGGAACACAUUUAUCAUUUGAAGGCAAAAUCUCAGGAAGUAUUUGAUGAAUGGGUAGCAAAACUGCGUCAUCAUAGAAUGUAUCGUCAAAAUGAAAUUUCCAUGUUUCCAUAUGAUAUCAACAAUCAUUUCUUCUCAGCUUCAACAUCUAUUGCAGAUUCAGUAACUGGUCUUUUGGAAUCAACAGCAAACAAAAAGAGAGGCAGCAUGACACAGCAAAAUUUAGUGCAAGCGGGAAGUCCUAUGUCAUUCCCUUGCUUAAAUGAAUCAAGAAUUCCAACUUGUUUGCAGUCAUCUGAAGAUAUGGAAAGAUGUUCAAAAGACCUUUCCCAUUGUCAGAACUAUCUCUUGGAGAUGAGCCAGCUUUUACAAAGCAUGGAAGUUCUCCAUAGGACAUAUUCGGCGCCUGCCAUAAAUAUUCAGCAAGGUCUCCUUUUUGAAAGUCCCAAAAAAGAAAAAAGAACACACAGAAGAUGGCGUUCUAGAGCUCUUGGUAAAGAUGCUAAAGGGAUGUUGCAGGUACCAGCUGUUAUUUCUGCUCCACUAAGGCUGCAUGCUUCAAAUCCUAAUUUAUCUACAUUAGAUUAUGGGGAUGAAAAAAUGUAUUCAAAUGGUUCUGAGGUGACAUCAGAAUUUUCUAAAUUGCAAGAGGACUUGUGUCACAUAGCUCACAAAGUGUACUUUACCUUAAAGUCAGCUUUUAGUACGAUUUCAACAGAAAGAGAGAAGCUGAAGCAGAUGUUUGACCAUGAUUCAGUCGCAUCUCCAUCUGCUCAGAUCAUUGGACUGAAGAAUGCCUUAUCAUCUGCCAUAGCACAAAACACAGAUCUUAAAGAACGGUUAUGCAGAAUACAUGCCGAAUCUAUGCUCCUUGAUUCAGCUGCUAAUACAAAUUCGAGCCCUGAUUUUGUAAAGGAAAAUUCUGAACAUCAAAACAGGAGUCUGGUUCACCAAAUAUCCAAUGAAAGCAGACUAUCAAUAACAGAUUCACUAACCGAAUUUUUUGAUGCACAGGAAGUUCUGUUGUCUGCCAGUUCUUCAGAAAAUGAGGUGUCUGAUGAUGAUUCAUAUGCCAGUGAUAUAAGUGAUAAUAUUUCCGAAGACAACCUAAGUAACGACAUAGAGAAUGAAAGGCAAACACUUGAUUGUGUCCCAGAUAGUAUUGUGGAAUGCCAUUCAAGGCGGAGGACACGUCUACCAGCCUCAUGCCCCAAUACAAGUAACAUCAGCCUCUGGAACAUUCUACGGAAUAAUAUAGGAAAAGAUCUCUCCAAGGUGUCCAUGCCUGUUGGGCUGAAUGAACCUUUGAACACUUUGCAAAAGCUUUGUGAGGAACUGGAAUAUAGUGAAUUGCUGGAUAAGGCAGCAUUUACACCUAAUCCCUUUGAAAGGAUGGUUUAUGUGGCUGCUUUUGCAGUCUCUGCCUAUGCAUCUAGCUACUACAGAGCUGGAAGCAAGCCAUUCAAUCCUGUGCUUGGAGAAACCUAUGAAUGUAUCCGUGAAGAUAAGGGUUUCCAAUUUUUUUCUGAACAGGUCAGUCAUCACCCAGCUAUAUCUGCAUGUCAUGCUGAAUCUGAUAAUUUUAUAUUUUGGCAAGAUAUCAGAUGGAAAAAUAAAUUCUGGGGGAAAUCCAUUGAAAUAGUACCAAUUGGCACAACACAUGUAAUUUUGCCCGAUUUUAAGGACCAUUAUGAAUGGAAUAAAGUAACAUCAUGCAUUCAUAAUAUUUUAAAUGGACAACGAUGGAUAGAACACUAUGGAGAGAUUAUAAUCAAGAAUCUGAACGAUGAUAGCUGUUACUGCAAGCUUACUUUUGUAAAGACUAAAUAUUGGAAUCGCAGUGUUCAUGAUAUUGAAGGCAAUGUUUUGGACAGAAAUGGAAAAGUAGUACAUCGGCUUUUUGGAAAAUGGCAUGAAAAUAUUUAUUGCGGAACACCAUCUUCAACAAACUGCAUCUGGAGAGCAAAUCCAAUGCCUAAAGACUAUGAACAAUGGUAUGGUUUCACACAGUUUGCAUUAGAAUUAAAUGAAUUCGAGUCCAUCAGUAGACCACUGUUACCACCUACUGAUACUCGAUUUAGGCCAGAUCAAAGGUUCUUAGAAGAAGGAAAUAUUGAAGGGGCAGAAAUACAAAAACAAAGAAUUGAAGAGCUGCAGAGAGCACGGAGGAAAGUUCUAGAAGAAAGCAAUAUAGAACAUCUUCCUAGAUUUUUCAGGAAAUCUGCAGAUGACUCUUGGGUAAGCAAUGGAACUUACCUGGAACUUAGAAAAAACCCUGGAUUUUCCAUGCUGGAUAAUCCUGUGUUGUGGUGAAAAAGAAUCGAGUGAAGAGGACUUUAACAAUCAUUUUCUGUUUAUAAGGAAGAAAAUGCUGCAUAUAAUUUUGAUUUUAUAGACUAUUACUUAAGACUUUGGCAUGCAUGUAUAUUUACUUUAUUCUGUUUCUCUUCUAUUUCAAAAUUAUUAUUUUUUCAAAGUUAUAAAAACCAAUUUUCUUUAUACAUGAAUCAAUGAUUAUUGAAUGUUAUUUUUAAAUGGAGACAAAAGAGAGAUUAACACUAUUUUUCCAAAGGAUGAUGCAAGUAAGAUUUAAUGCCUUAUAAAGUUGUGUGACAAAUAUUAUGAGUCAGUAGCAUUUACAAGCAAAUAGCUGGCAUUGAUUGCUCAGCAAGGCAGUACCAAAGCUGCUGUUUAUUUAUUAUGUCUGUUGUUUGAAUUUAAACACUGGACUAUUUUUCAACAAAUUCGGUACCUUAACAUUGUAUCUAAUUUAAAAAAAAAUCAAAGAAAUAAUAUGAGUGGUAGUAGUAUUAGUAAUUUACUGCCUUAUAAAAAAGAUAAAGAACUUUGGGAAGUUCUCUUAUCACUUGGUGAAAUGAACUGAAAACUUUUGAAGAAUUGAAGAGUUUAGCAGAACUUUAACAGAAGAGAUUCCAAGAAAAUUGUGUACCAAUUUUUUUCAUAGGAUAUAUAUGGAUAAUGCUGUAUAGAAAGCUGCUGCAACUCCUUUGAAAGAGAUACUUUAAAAAGCAUACAAAGCAUCUCUUUAGAGUAGUUGUGUCUUUUUUUCUUCUUGGCUUGUGUGGCUGCUUUGGGAAGUUGUUUGAAACUGCCUUCAUAUGUGCAUGGAUGCACAGACAUUUUACUUCAUAUGGAGAGAGCCAUGUAAGUGUGGAAAAAGGCAUGGCUGCUUGAGUUAUUUAUCAGUACUUUCUACACACACAAACACACACACACACCCUUCUGAAAGUCUUAAAACUCUAAAAACAUAGAAAAAUACCUCCUCCAUUCAAUCCCAUUCCUUGAUUUUCUUAUUAUGCUACUAGGCAGACUCCUGUGACUUUCCAGAAGCUCGGGAGCAAACGAUGCUCCUAUCUAAUCUAGUACAUGGGUAAAAAUGACCAAAUGAAAUAAUCUGAUCUAAGUACUGACAGAACUUUUUCGUUUCACUCUGUAGACUUUUCUCUUUAAAAAGUAAUUAAGACAACAUAAAAAUCCUUCAUUUUAACAAUUUGCAAAGCAAUUAUGUUAAAAGACAAAUGUUUUUCUAAUACAAUAUUUUGGUAUUUUCUACCUCUUCUAAACAGCUUGUUUAAUUUCUUGUAUUUUAAAAAAAGAAGACCAUCUGCCUUAGAUAAACAUUUGACAAUAUAUGACCUUGCUUUAAAUCUAGUAUUGGGUGAUUAUUUGUCUUGUACUAAAUGGUUACAUGUUUUCCAGUAUCUUGGUUUAUAUUGUAAUAUGUUCACUAGCAGACUUAGCCAAUAUCAGAAAUAAACAAAAACAGCAUUUUGGAAUAAAAUUGACCACCUUUUGUUUAUUACAUUAAUUUUAUUUUAGUAUCAUACAUGAUAUUUUAAAAAUUACUGUCCCGACCCUGACUUUUUGUAUAAGCUUCAACAUUUUGUAGCUUGCAAACCAAGGGAUAAUGUUGGCAUACAGUGCUGAAUACUUUUAUUAGCAAAAUAUUUAUUACAAUUUAUAAAUAUGGAGGAUAAAUCCAUUGGUUUCAAAUAAUGCACAGAAAAUUACUUCAUUGCCCCAAACCAUUUCUAUGGAACACCUAGCUCGGGGCAAAUGUCUCAGCCUUAAUAUUUGGAGAAACAAAUAGAUUACUUGGUUUGGAUCAGGACAUUAGGAGAGUUUCUUGCAUUAGUGUUUAUUAUACACGUAGUCCUCAAUUUACGACUAAAAUUGAACCUAAAAUUUCUGUUGCUGAGUCAGAAGUUGUUAAGUUAAUUUUGCCUCGUUUUACGACCUUUCUUGCCAGAGCUGUUAAGUGAAUCAUUGUAGUUGUUGAGAUAUCCUGUUUCCCCCAAAAUAAGAUAUCCCCCGAUAAUAAGCUCAAUCGGGCUGUUGAGUGCAUGGCAAUAAGGCCAAGUGCUUAUUUCAGGGUUCAAAAAAAUAUAAGACAGGGUCUUAUUUUGGGGAAAACACAGUAGUUAUUAAGUGAAUCUGACUUCCCCAUUGACUGCUUGUCAGAAGUCACAAAAGGUAAUCACAUGAUUCCAGGACACUGCAACUGUCAUAAAUAUUAUGAGCCCGUUAUUAAGUGUCUGAAUUUUGAUUAUGUGACCAGGGGAUGCUGCAGUCAUUACUAACUGAACAACUGCAGUGAUUCACUUAAAUGUGGCAAGAAAGAUCAUAAAAUGGGGCAACAUUCACUUAACCAAUGUCUUAUUUAGCAAUAGAAAUUAUGGCUCGAUUCUAAUCCGAAAUCGAAGACUAAUUGUAGAUCAUCAUCUGAAAACAAUCAGCUCAUUGUAAAAAUCCCAUGAGUCCUAAAUGGUACAGCAUUGCAAAAAUUUCAUUAAAUCAUUUUUAUCAUGAAAUGGAAAAACAAGGGAUCGUUUUCUUUUUCUCUUUUUCCACAUUUGCAACGCCUUUAUUUUAGAUUAUUAAAAUGGAAUAUACAGGAAGUAUGGGAGGAGUGCAAGCACCUGCUGUAACCUGAGAAAUUUGGAACCUUGACAUAGCCAGUACACAGAUCACCUGAACUUAGACUUUUAGAACAAGCAUUUCUCCUUCCUAUCAAUGAAGUACCCCAUGAAGCUUCUCUUAAAUAUCUGUCCAAGAAGCUAAGAUAGAAUUGUUCUGCCUACACAUACACAUUCUCUGCCUGCCUUCACACAUUCAUUCAUCUUUUUACAUUAAUUCAUAAAGUGUUUUAACAAUAUUUUGACUUUCAGUUCUGUAUUUCAUAUUAUGUGGUUAUGAUGCUUUUCAAAAAGUGAUUAAAAUUCCCUGCAGCAUUCUUUGGGAUCAGUAGUUCUAAAGUAUAUUAAUUCUUAUAAAUAUUUAUUUUUUUUAAAGUUUCCAAACAACCUUCUCCCACAUUUGGACAAGCUUACUGCAUAUAUUUUUAUCAUAUUUUCUUCAAUUUACAUCAUUUUUGUAUUCUAUUCAGCUAAGAAUUUCACUAUUUACUUAGAUUUUUAAUGAAUGGAAUGGGGAAAUUUAUGCUAUAGCUAGAGUCAGAAGCAAUGCUUUCCUCUUGAUUUCCAAGCUCAAUUUAUGAGAAAAGAAGAUGGAUUUUAAACGAUAUAAUGAUAAAAUAUGAAAGGGUCUUAGGGCAUUUUAUUUAGAUAUAUCCACUGGCUAUAGGAGCCAAGCAGAAGCAAUCAAGCAGCUCAUUUACAAUAAAAUUUAAUUGUCAGAAAUUCUGGUUUCCUCUGAUAUGCAUUUCUCCAGUAAUUUAGCUUUAACACAGAGACACAGAACCUCCAAUUGUAUACAUUAUACUUACAAUGGAAAGUAUCAGAUCAGAGCCAAUUCUGCCACAAUUUUUAUGGCAGUCAUUAAAGAAUCACUUGGCUGUUAAAAAAAAAUCCAGCAUCCCAAAUAGGAGGUUUUUUUGCCAGAAAUCUGCAAAAAAUCAGAAUCAUAUGACUGCAGGAUUUAGCAACUUGUUAUAAAUGUGAGCUGCCUGCCAAAUGCCUAAAGUGCAAUUAUGUGGCCUCAGAGGAGAUAAUGAUAGUCAUAAGUGUGAACAUUGGUAAUAAAUCAUUUUUUCCAAGGCUGUUAUACCUUUGAAUUAUCAUUAAAUGAACAGACAUAAAUGAAGGAUGUAAUGGUCAUUCACAUUGGUAAUCUUUUAAAGUAUUUUUAGUGGUAGAAAGAACCUAAUUAAUGCAAAUAAUGGUUUAAAAACAUGUUACAUCACCAUAAUACCCUACUAGCCCUUCAGGUUUUGCAAGACAAAUGCUUAAAACAUUGUGGUGCAAGACCAUAUAUACUGCCUCUGCUCAUAUUCCUAAAUUUCAAAUGUCCAGCUCUGUGUUCUGAAUAAUCACGAUUUUAAUAUUCAUUUCUAAUGUAUGUAAUUUGUGGGCACCAAAAGGGAGGAAAAUUCUCUGAGAAUUGAUAAUAUUUCAUAUAUAUAUAUUAAAAUAUUACUGAGUAAAUAAGCAGGUGGAAGGUUUGUCUAGUAUCUGACAAUUUUGCACUGAGAUUAUCAGCAAUUUUCUUUUUGAUGGCAGUAAUCCAGAUACUCUUAUAACAUUGGUACAGAAAUAACUCAUGCAUAAAUUCAGUUUCAACUACUGAAAGUAUGCGUUCAACUACUUUAUUGGCUAUAAACUACAGCAAUGGAAAAUUCAUGUCUCUAUAAUCUCUUAAGGACCUGCAGGCCACACACAUAUGUGGAUCAGGGACAUAGGUUGCCGUCCAUGUUGCAAGUAUAAGUAGUGCUUUCUUUUUAAGUAUGCAACUGCUAAUCUAAAAUUAAAAUGUGGAAAUAUAACAUAAUAUUAUACAAAUACUUGAAACAUUCGCAAAUACAAAUUUUGAAAAGGAAAAAUUAGUUCUAAAACAUGAAAAACUGAAAUUUUGAUUUGAUCUUAAAAUUAUGAGACAUUGCAAUAUGAAAUUCAAGUUGGAUUCUCAGAAGCUGGAGAAACUAGAUUCUCAAUUUUCUGAAGUUCAGAAAUCUUGAAGUACGACAUUUGAGAUAUCCAUUUUGGUUCAAUAAUUUAAAAUUCAAAGAAACUGUUGGUAGAACAUUUCAUAUUACUGGGACCACAAUGAAAAAGAAAAUCGUAAAAGGCAUAACUAUACUUUCUUAACCAGACCAUGGAUCUGCAAGCAGCAUUUAAGAUGUUUGUAUGUUCAGUGUGGCUCAUUUGGGAGAAUAAAAUUAUUAUCUAUGCUUGCAGGCUACUAGUUGACAUAUUUAAAUUUACAAAACUGCAGAUUUGAAAAAUUAGUUCACUUGAAAUUUAGAAAUAGUUCAAUGUUCCAAUACAUCAAUUUUUAAUAUUUUGGCCAUUGUAGCAUUUAUUAGAUGUACUUUAUAUCCACUCAUACCAGUGAUUCCUGCAUAUUGUUGCCAAUUACUUGUGAUUGAGUUUGUAGUGGUUAUUCCAAUUUUUAAUAAAUACUGAAGACAUGAUCUAAAAUGAAUUCUAUUAAAUAAUUGUUUAAACUGAGAGGCUGGAUGAAAAAUCUAAAACAAUACAAUUUUGCAAAAACAAAAUAAGGGUCUAUAUGGUGGUAACGUAAGCUUGAUCCUACAUUCAGAUCAUGCCAAAUAGCAUUCCCAGAUCUAAAUGUGUCUUUCCUUUUUAUGCUUCUCCUUUUAGCCGAUAUUUUUUAAAAUCUAGAACACAUAGGGACAUUCCUAAGUUUGCUGCAGAGAAGAACCCACUCCCCUGACUCUCAUGUCACUAUCAACAACCUGGUGCUUGCAUGCAACAAGCAGAGAAAAAAUUCAGUUCAGGCUGUUUUUUUCCAAAAAAAUCCCCCCCCCCCAAAAAAACCUUGAAAACAGGCCGAAAAGUGUUGUAAAUGGGCUGGGGGG